AUGGAUAGCAAUGGUAGAGUUACCUCAUAUUGCACAUGUCCAGUUGGAGGAUGGUGUAAACAUAUUCGUGAAGUUGCAAUGGCCAUGUAUCAUCGAUUACAGUCAAUUCCAUUGUCAAGACUAUCACCCAAACAAAAAUACAGAGAACAGUUACAAAGAUUAACAAAGGAUCAACUAAUAGAUCGGUUAGUUGAGAAGGCAUUCCCAAUUAAUGUUGAUGCCGAAGAUGAUGAAGAAGAUGAUGAAGAAGAUGAAGAUGAAGAUGACGAUGAAGAUGACGACUAUGACGACGAACAACAAAGCUAUGAUGAUAACGAUGAUCAAGAAGACUCAGAUGAAGAUGAUGAAGAUGCAUUUCCAGAGGAAGAGGAAGAUCAAGAACAUAGAGGUUACAAAAGAUCAAGGAAAUAA